CCCAUAAAUAGCAGCAGAGCCAGAGCCGGAGCUGGCGCCAGCGGCUGGAGAAGAAAAGGAGUCAAGGCCGGGGCCAGAGCCGGAGAGAGGAACCCCCAGCUAGAGCCCAGUGACAUGUCGGACCCUGAGAUGGGAUGGGUGCCUGAGCCCCCAGCCAUGACACUGGGGGCCUCGCGGGUGGAGCUUCGGGUGUCCUGCCAUGGCCUCUUGGACCGAGACACACUCACCAAGCCGCACCCCUGCGUGCUGCUCAAGCUCUACUCUGACGAGCAGUGGGUGGAGGUGGAGCGCACAGAGGUGCUGCGCUCCUGCUCCAGCCCCGUCUUCUCCCGGGUGCUGGCCCUUGAGUACUUUUUUGAAGAAAAGCAGCCCCUGCAGUUCCACGUGUUUGAUGCCGAGGACGGAGCCACCGGCCCCAGCAAUGACACCUUCCUUGGCUCUACAGAGUGCACCCUGGGCCAGAUUGUGUCACAAACCAAGGUCACUAAGCCAUUGCUGCUGAAGAAUGGGAAGACUGCGGGCAAGUCCACCAUCACGAUUGUCGCUGAGGAGGUGUCUGGCACCAACGACUACGUGCAGCUCACCUUCAGAGCCCACAAGCUGGACAACAAGGAUCUGUUCAGCAAAUCUGACCCUUUCAUAGAGAUCUAUAAGACCAACGAGGACCAGAGUGAACAGCUGGUCUGGAGGACCGAGGUGGUGAAGAACAACCUGAACCCCAGCUGGGAGCCGUUCCGCCUGUCCCUGCACUCCCUGUGCAGCUGUGACAUCCACCGGCCUCUCAAGUUCCUGGUGUAUGACUAUGACUCAAGUGGGAAACAUGACUUCAUUGGAGAGUUCACCAGCACCUUCCAGGAGAUGCAGGAAGGAACAGCAAAUCCUGGACAAGAGAUGCAGUGGGACUGCAUCAACCCCAAGUAUCGGGACAAGAAGAAGAACUACAAGAGCUCGGGGACUGUAGUUCUGGCCCAGUGCACGGUGGAAAAGGUACACACAUUUCUGGAUUACAUCAUGGGCGGCUGCCAGAUCAGCUUCACGGUGGCCAUUGACUUCACAGCCUCCAACGGGGACCCGAGGAGCAGCCAGUCCCUACACUGCCUCAGCCCUCGCCAGCCCAACCACUACUUGCAGGCCCUGCGAGCAGUGGGAGGCAUCUGCCAAGACUAUGACAGUGAUAAGCGGUUCCCAGCGUUUGGCUUUGGGGCUCGGAUCCCUCCCAACUUCGAGGUGUCCCAUGACUUUGCUAUCAACUUUGACCCGGAAAAUCCUGAAUGUGAAGAGAUCUCGGGGGUCAUCACCUCCUACCGCCGCUGCCUGCCCCAGAUCCAGCUCUAUGGCCCCACCAACGUGGCCCCCAUCAUCAACCGCGUGGCCGAGCCAGCCCAGCGGGAGCAGAGCACCGGCCAAGCCACGAAGUACUCGGUGCUGCUGGUGCUCACAGACGGUGUGGUAAGCGACAUGGCCGAGACCCGCGCCGCCAUCGUGCGCGCUUCCCGCCUGCCCAUGUCCAUCAUCAUCGUGGGCGUGGGCAAUGCUGACUUCUCUGACAUGCGGCUGCUGGAUGGCGACGAGGGUCCCUUGCGCUGCCCUCGAGGGGUGCCCGCGGCCCGCGACAUCGUCCAAUUCGUUCCCUUCCGGGACUUCAAGGAUGCCGCACCUUCCGCGCUGGCUAAGUGCGUCCUGGCUGAGGUGCCUCGGCAGGUGGUGGAGUACUACGCCAGCCAGGGCAUCAGCCCGGGGGCGCCCAGGCCCUGCACGCCUGCCACGACUCCCAGCCCUAGCCCGUGA